GAUCUGCAGUGUGGUGCGCGCCAGAGCCCGGCAGCGGCGCGUCUUUUUCGGAGCUGCUCAGAAAAUUAUGGGCAAUUCUCUCCGUGCAGCCGCACUGCUGGCCUUUGUCGUUCUUUCUAUUUUAGUUUCUCUACUCAUCAGCAGCGUGCAGCAGUUUGGUGCGCGGGUCGUUUCCAACGUGACCCGUAGCGAGCAGCAGCUCCCCGAGGCGCUGAUUUCUCAACUCAUCGAGAGACGCAAGGAAAUUGUCCCGCUGCUCUUUCUCAAUGAGGAUGAGGACCACUUCUCUGACCAAUCUUUGGACUCCACGUGGGACUAUAGAGUAUGGGACAAGAUCGCUCGUGGUUCGAGCCGUGCGCCCGGAGCUGAGCUGGGCUGUGACUCUCUGGUGGACAUGCAGGCGCUGGAGGUACUCGGCUCGGGCUACACCAAACUCGUUGUCAAAGCGAACCUGGCCGGAGGUCUGGCCGUGGCGCUGAAACUGGUCAACGAGCAGGGUAUAGACAUGGGCAAAUGUGUGGAGGAGUUUAACGAGCCAGAGGCGUGUCGGCAACUCGUGGCUUAUAAACUGAAGAAGGAGAUGGUGCUGUUAAAAAGGCUCCAGCAUCCAAACGUCAUCGGGCUCCGAGGGCACUGUGAGGGCCAACACCGAGGCCGAGAGGCAGAUGGCCGAGGGGGAGCUGAAGGAGGCAGACUGGCUGUGAUCCUGGAGCAGGGCACGCCACUGCAGAUGAUCCAGCUGCUCCAGAGCCCCUGGGAGGACCGCUUCAGGGUCUGCCUGGACUUGGUGCACCUGCUGCACUUCCUGUCCAGCUCUCCUCUAGGCUCUGUGGCACUGUUGGACUUCCAACCACGGCAGUUUGUGAUGGUGUCCGGGACUCUGAAGCUCACGGACUUAGAUGAUGUCAGCGCAGAGCCCACCCAAUGUCAGACCAACGCAGACUGCACCCUGUUCUUCCCCCAGCGCAACUUCAGCAUCCCCUGUGUGCGUGGCCUGUGUGAGGGGCUCAACCAGAAGAGGAACAUGUACAAUGCCUACAGGUAUUUCUUCACUUAUCUGCUGCCGCACCAGGCUCCACCUACGCUCACACACCUGGUGGACCACAUCAUGAACUCCACAGGGGAACUGAAAAGUGACAUCAAUGAGACGCUGCAGGCUUUUGAAGAGCUCCUGGCUCAGUACCAGUCUGGAGCGCACCUGGACAACCUGCCAGCUUUUGAACUCUCAGACUACUGGUUGCUGCAGCAUGUGGGGGCCUCCGGGGGGCAGUACCGCUGCUGGCUCUCCUAUAGUGCACAGGGCUGUGUACUGUCGGUGCACAGCCCGCGAGAAGCUGCGCACAUCUGUAACUCUCACUCCCAGUGCUCCAGCUUCAGUUUGACGGGACAGAGGACAUGGAGUGGGCGUCUCCUGGCCUUUUUCCGGAGCAGCUCUGCUCAGCUCAUUCCUAAUGGCACAUCAGAUGUGUAUGUGAAAAAAAACACUGUCUCGGACACGCCUUCACUUUGACAGGACUCGGCGGGACUGUCCCUAUGCAGGAUUAUGGACCAUGAAGUGGCGCAGAUAGAGCUGUACCCAUGAACAUAAGAAUCAGUAGGAGGGAUUGUGCUCUUCUGCACAGUGUGUGAAGCGGAGCCAAGUGGCUGCCUGUGCCAGCUGCUGUUUACAGGGAUUUCCUCCAGGUACGAUCAGAGCGGGACGUCCUGGCAUAGAGUUGCCAUCAUCUCACUGAGCCUGAGGACAAGAAACAAGCGCUUAGACAAAUCCACAAGCAUUCUAUGCAUUACCAGAAUCAUUCCUUUAUGAAGAUAAUGUAUUUACAUGAUCAAAUGUUUAUAUGCUUGUACAUCUGAUUUUACAUGCACCUUGUGGGUGAUUCUUAUAUUUUCAAUGAAAAAUUAUUAUUCUUUUUAUACUGUAAAUUUGGGCUUUUCAUAAUAUAAAUGUCUUUUUUACAACCCUGUGUUGUGGUUAUUUACAUGCUCUUUGUCUAUGUGCAAGUGCACUUACAGAGCCUGUUUGUUUGUCAUUAGCACCUCCAUGAGUGCAGGCGUGGGGCAGCACAGGGGGUGCUGACUCACUAUUGUGUGUUUUUAAGUCUUUAUCUAUUCGCGUGCUUGCCCUUCUGCAAUCUGCACCAUCUGAAAAGGCCAACUCAAAGCACACAGUGUCACAGAGUUUGCACAAUACCAGUGGAAUGCAUUCAUAUGCUGUGCCAUGCUGAGCUCAUUAUCAGCCUUAAUUAAUACAUGUAAAUGAGCCACUGCUUUAUGGGGCAGGC